UAAAAACUAGCGAGAAUUAAUAGAAGAAGACCGUGUUGCCUACAAACAUCGCACAGACGGUUUAACAACAUCGCAUAAAACAAAGUAGUGAAAAAACUAACGAAAAGAUGAGACAAGUAUUAAAUAGAUUACUUUUUAACAGACAUAUCUUUGUUUUGUCUAAAGACAGUAAAAGAUUCGCCGGUCACAGCAAGUGGGCGAAUAUAAAACACACAAAGGAAAAACAUGAUAACGAAAGAAUGAUGCUCUUUUGGAGUCUUAAAUCGCAAAUGAAAGUUGCGAUACAAUUAGGUGGCAGUACAGAUCCAGAUAAAAAUCUAAAAUUAUCACAGGUCAUUGAACGAGCCAAAAAAGCAAACAUGCCGGUUGCCUCCAUAAAAUCUUUUCUCGAAAAAAUGGAAUUCUCCGGUAAUAAGACAGAAAAAGGUUUGCUAGAAGUUCAUGGACCAAAUGGUUAUAUCAUGCUUGUGAGUUUUACAACAGACAAUCCAAAGUCAUUUACAGCUAAACUGAAUGGAGAACUAAAAAAGACUAGAGGGAAGGUCAUGAAUGUUUUUCCUGGAAAAAUGUUUAAUCAUGUAGGUACUAUUAUAGUUGAAAAGAAAGAUGAUUUGGAUAAAGCUGUGGAAGAUGCCAUUUCUGUUGGUGCAGAAGAUGUGGAAGAGUUUGAAGAAAAUAAUGUAAAAUACUUUCGGUUUAAAUGUGAACCAAAGCUAGUGAGCAAGAUAAAGAGUUUGUUAGAAUCUCUUCACUACUCUGUAGUUUUUGCAGAAGAAGAGUACGUACCAAAAACUGUAAUAAAUUUAAACGAAUCAGAUUUAAAAUUUGUUUCUGAGAUUCAUAACAAAGUUCUAAACUUAAGUGAUGUCAAUUGUAUAUACGAUAAUCUAAUAUAAUCUACGAAACUGUCCGCCACAUAUUCUGAAAAGAACUCUAAACCAAUAUAAAAAGAAAAACCUUUUUUUGUGUUGGUUUUAUAAAAAUGUACAUAAGAUAGUAAAAUUGUAUAUAAAUGUUAUAUAUUGUCAUAAAAAUUGAGAAGCGUUUACAACUUACAAUGAAAGCUUUUUUCACAUGAUUUAUAAAAGUAUUGUAUGUGUGGGUAUACAUAAAUAUAUAUUAAUACAUAUUAAAUUAUAUAUGUACAUAUAGAACAUAAAAAAGUAUA